AUGGACGAUUACACAAGAGAAAUGAGGGAUCUCAAGACCUUAGUCACUCAAACCCUGGAGAAAAAGGGUGUUCUUGCUAAGAUCCGGGCUGAGCUACGAGCGAAAGAGGAUCGAGUGAUUGAGAACAACGAAGGGCUGCCUCUAGCUUUCUUGGGAAGCUGUACUGAUCGUGCAAGGCAGUUUCAUGCUCUUCCUUCAGGUAGGUUGUUAUGUGCGUUAGUUUGUGAGUACUUGGAGUGGACGCAACUCGAUCACACGCUCAAAGUGUAUCAACCCGAAUGUAAUUUACAAAAGGACUCUCGGAAGUCUGAACUAAACGACUUCAGCAGCAACCAUGGUUAUGAGCUCAACAGAAAUGGAGAUAGCGCACCGCUCCUUCUCGAUGUUCUUGAAGGAUUCUUGAAGUUCGAGCACAGUUGUUCCAGAGACAAAGCCUUUGAAACUCGCUGACGUCUCACAGAGAUUAAUGGAUCAGCUUGGCUACACCCUUGAGAUCAAACAAUCAGUUAUCUACUGCACCAGUCUGAAUUGGAAUGCAGAUGGUAGCACCUUGUUCAGUGGAUAUACCGAUGGAGUUAUCAGAGUCUGGGGUCGUUACUAGUUUAUCCCAUCUCUUUGCUCUGUCUCUCUCCUUGGUUGUGUUUUUAUUUAUCACUCUUUUGUUUGUCAACAAACUGAGAUUUUGCAAUGAUGUUUGGUUUUACUUUUAUUUCAAUUCUAGGUUUGGAUCUUUUAUAUUGUUUAGGAGAUCUUGCUGUUUGAAACAUUUUGUAAAGGCUUAUAAAUCAUUUAUAAGAGUUCAUAAA